AUGGAAGACAGCUGUAGAGAAAAUGGCCACCAUAAACAAAAAAAAUCAGAACAGAGUGAAGGUGUGAGGAGUACAGUCAGCCCAAAGUCAACACCUAGAAGAGGUAGAAAGAGGAAGCAGCGGUUUUGUAGUCCUAAAAUCUCACCAGCAAUAAGUAUACAGGAUGGUGCAGGGCUCAUUUCUGAUGACUCAACCGCUGAAUCUGAAGGCAUCCAGAGUCCCAUAAAAACACCAAGGAGAGCGAAGAGGAGUUCAACCCGAGAGAGCCCAAGGCGUAACCAACAAAAUGAACACAGAACUCCAGCUGUAUCAGCCAACCAUCAUGACCAGCCAGUAGCAAAACAUGACAAUUGUAGUCCUGUUUCCAUAGCAACAAACAACAGAGGUGUUAACGGUGACUCCAACUCACAACAAUCGGUUGAACUUUCGACCUACAACAAAUUACUGAUAUCAGAGGAGAAACUACCAAAUCAUGGUCAUAGCAGACUCAGUAAUGCCAUUGAAGAAAAACUUCCAGAUCAAAGAGCUGCUAUCGAGGAAUCAGUUGUAUAUUACAAAGAGCAAAGUUCAAAAGUUGGAGGAAAGUGGAUCACUGGUCAAAAGUUUCUUCCCUGUCAGGUGACCAGGCCGGAUAAUGAAGUACUGUUUGCAGAACAAAAGGCUGCUGAAGUGAUGGCCAGAAUGAACUGUCUAGAAAAUGAUGAAGACAUUCUGGAUGUGGAGAAAGAACAUUCAGAAAAAGGAUUUGAAGAAUCUUCUCAGUGUUUGCCAAGGAUUUCAGGCAAUGGUGCCCAAGAUCAAGGAAAUUCUUCUGCUGCAUCCACAGAUAAUGGGCAAGUAAAAUUGAUGUCCAGGCAAGCCACAGAAAACACCGUUGUUGGUGGUCACAGGAUUGAGUCAUUGAACACAAAACAAAAUUUACCAGCAAAUGGUGAUUUGCAAAAGGAAGGGGAGAUAACAGAUAUAAAUUCUGGACAAAAAGGAACAAUUCUUUCUAGUCUGUUGGAAGGUCGUGACCAGGAGUCAUUGAUAGCUGCUGAGCUUCUUACCAGACUAGACCGUGACAUUCAUCUAUCAGAGAUACAGCCUACCAUUUGUCUGGAUCAGAAUAACUACCCUAGCUAUACUAACAUUGGUUAUGGUAGCUCAAGUCCUGCAGCAAACAUCAAUGUGUCUAAAUACUUGGAUCAAAAUCAUAAGAAGCAGGAAAAUUCUGUCACAGGAGUUAUUCACCAUGAUAAUGGUGUAGACCUCAGCUUGGAGCAUUCAACUCAUAGGGACCAAGCUAGCUGUGCAUUUGAAUCUCAUUCUGGAUUGAGGGAUGGUGAUUAUGGUGUUGAAAGAGUUUCUCCUACAAAUGAUUCUUUAUCAACACCAGCCACAAGGCAAACAGCAUCCCAAAUUUUGUACCAGAAUAGAGUUGGUCAAGAACAAAUAGGACCAGAUUGUCAGCGAAGUCACAGUUUCCAUGGAUCCUUAGAUAGUUCAAGUAUGGAGCAGGGCCGGAUUAACAUCCCCCAGCCACGACACAGUGAUCCUGGAGCCCCAGGCCUAGGGUGGGACCAGAGUCGGAUCAACACACCAUCUGAACAACACAACAUGGGAAACCCAGGAUGGGACCAGAGACAACAAUCAUACCAUCACAUAGUGGACCCUGUAAAUCAGAAGGAUGGGUUCCAACAUAGUGUGUCUGGUGAACAACUGUCAGGGGACCAGCUUAACUCUGGGUGCAGAUAUAAUCAAAUGGUUGCAGAGAACUGCACUUAUAAUUCCCAGUCUAACAUUGGUGCACAGAAACAGACUGACAACCCAACUUUGUAUGAGAGGAGGCCCCAUACUGAUGCUAUUAUCCCAGUAGAACAAGGAAUGCCAUUUGGCCCAAUGGUAGAGGAUACACAGUACAGUGGACUUCCAAAUUUCCAGUCUGGAAACUAUUUGAAUCUUUCUCAAGAAGCCAUUGACAACAUGAUACAGACUAAUCGUGGAUCAUCUUUUGUUGGAAGCCCUUCCAUACAGAGUCAACCUCUCCCUACAAAUGUGUCAACAACAGAUCCAUCAACAGAUGGAUUUGGAGACUUUGUUCACUAUGCUCGUUCAUCACAAUCCUCAGAAGGCCAAGUUCAAUACUUCCAACCAACACGUUCAAAAAGUCAAGGGCCAGAUGAAAUGGUUACGCAUUUGGCAAAAAGACGGCGAAGAUCAAAUUCAAACAAGAUCAGUGAGAAUGAGAGAAAUCCUGGAUAUGUAGAUGUCAUGAAUAAUUACAUAUACAAGAAAAAUGAUAUGCCAUAUGAACAUGCUCUACAUCCGUUACAAGUAAAGGACAAUGAUAAUGACCGUUUCUUCCUGAUUCUGUCACCAGAGGUAAAUGCAGAUGAGGUACGUGAUAUUGGACACAAAGGUCUUAUAGCUAAAUACAUUGAUUACCUUAUUGUCGAAAAUGAACAGAUCACUGAGAUGUCAAAAGCAGUGUCUAUCCCUAUAGAACACUGUGUUAUGGAUGAUCCAUAUUUGAUGGACAUCAUUAGGGUAAAGAUUCCAUUUCCCACUCUGAAGUACUACCAGUGGCUGCGUACCUACUACCCAACCAUUCAGAUUGACUGGCUGGCCCUGAAUCAUCAGAUGUUACAGUUCCAACCUGUUGGAGACUGUCGUCCCCAUCACUAUAUCUUGGACAAAAGACCUCCACCAGUCCUUCUAGGAGAAUCUUUCUACUUCUUCCAGCGUGAGAGAGAUCGACUGCUUUCUUGUUGA